AUGGCCGACGCACUUCUCACAUUUUUCCGCCAGACUCUGCCCACCGAGCUCGCCACCUUGACGGAGCCGUACAUCUCGAAGCUCGAGCAUGGCCAAUAUGAAGACCUGCUGGCCGAUGCGGAUGCUCGGGACCUCUUUGGACACCCGGAUGAGAGUAGGAGCAGCGCGCUAGAAGAGUUUCCUCGAUGGAAUGAUUUCAUCUUUCACCAGCUAGGUACCCUGUUGGCAGAUCGCACACGGCCAGAGAAGCAGAGUGUCUUCUUCUGCAUCGGUUACGCCGCCCUGUUGGCUUUUGUACAGUCGAACGUGACCGGUCCGCCCCUGCCUUUCUCACCUGCAGCCCUUCUACUCCCUCAAGAUGUCUCUGGAAGCGCUGAGCGGACAAGAGACCUGCGCAAGUCCUUACUGGAAAGCCUGGGCAUGGACGGCAUCGCAGCGUACAGCCUGACCCCCAAUGUAGAGUUGCUCUGCCUUGCAGAUGCCAUCUUUACAUGCCCACCGAUCUUGAAGAACAUCCGGGCGGCAAGGUGGGCCAAAGUGAGGGCUCAGUUCCUGCAGCAGAGGCUGCUCUCGGAGGUCUCUUCAAGCCUACAAGACGUCAUCGAGGACGACUUGAGGAUGCUCGAUGAGGACUUGCUGGAUACGGCUUCGUCAGAGUCACAGGCGAAAACACAGACCGAGUACCUGCUUGAAAAGGCCACCAUUCACCUCCACCACGGCACGGACAAGUUCGCAAAGGAAGAUCUGCAGAAAGCAAAGGACGCUCAGGGUUUCGAGUUCGCUUUGACCGGCCUCCUGGGCAAACGCACCAAGUUCCAACAGACGGACGUCAGUCAGCUGGUCGUGCUUGCUCGUAGCCGCUCUUCAGCGGAGCACGCAUCACAGAACGGAAAGUCGAUCGAGAGAGAAGAGCAAGCGGAAGUCAAACCUGAUACCCGCGAUCUCAAUGACGACACUCUGCUGGAGUCAGUUUCGUUCACUCAACCAUCGAAGGACCUCACCAAGCUUGUCGAAGCCGGGUCUCUCCCAGAGAGUCUCUCUACAUCAGACCCUGCUGACCAGCCACAGCUUCAAUCGCUCGACUCGACCAUUCUUCUCCUUCUAGCAUCGUCGAUCACGAACACUUCUCCGCAAGACGGCUUAACUCGGGAGGAGACCCUCCCAUAUGCUACUCGUGUGCUAGAAGGUGGCAGCUCGAACUGGCAGGUCUAUACACAGGCCCUCCUCGUUCGAAGUCGCAUCGAGGGCUACCGGUCACGCACUGUAGAGCGCGGCCUUCUUCAGCUUCAAGCUCUUGUCGACCAGGUCAUAGCAGAGACAGGCGGGCAGAAGUCUGACCCCGCGAACAGCAACGUUGAAGCAACCAGCAGCUUCCUACCACGAGCAAAAGAAUCUGAGUCAGCGCCUGCUCAGGACCGUCUUCGUUACGUCUUCCAGCUUGCCUCCCCAACGCGGUGGGAGUUGGAGGCUGAGCUGGCAUCGCGAUGGGUACAGCUUGGCGGUCUGCGGUCUGCUCUCGACAUAUACGAACGACUGGAGAUGUGGGCUGAAGCGGCGCUGUGUUGGGCAGCCACUGAACGGGAGGACAAGGCACGGCAGAUUGUACGUCGCCAACUAUUCGCCGCCAGCAAGGAGGGGUCGGAGCAAGACGUCGACGACAACGAACGAUGGACGGGGCCGCCUCGAGAACCACCUCCAUCUGACGCCCCUCGCUUGUACUGCAUCCUGGGCGACAUCGAUCAGUCGACUGAGAUGUAUGAGAAGGCGUGGGAUGUAUCGGGCCAACGAUACGCCCGGGCACAGCGGUCGUUAGGGAGGCUGUUUCUAAAAUCUAACGACUAUGUCAAGGCUGCGCAGGCGUACAGCAAGAGUCUUAAGGCCAAUCAGCUCAAUCACAGCAGCUGGUUUGCCCUGGGAUGUGCAUUGCUGGAGCUUGACGAGUUCGACAAGGCCGUGGAGGCAUUCUCGAGGUGUGUGCAGCUGGAUGAGACGGACGCCGAAGCGUGGAGCAAUCUGGCAGCUGCUCUGUUGCGAAAGGACCCGGAAGAUCCAAGCGAGCAGGACGACCAGAACGCAUUGAUCCCAUCGAUACAGAAGAAUCGGCAGGACGCCCUUCAAGCGCUGAAGCGCGCAGCAACACUCAAGCACGAUUCUUAUCGGAUAUGGGAGAACGUCCUGAUUGUCUCGGCAUCGACAUCACCACCCGACUACACCUCGAUCCUGGCGGCACAGAAGAGGAUCAUCGACCUGCGUGGAUCAACCGACGGGGAGAAGUGCAUUGAUUCCGAGAUCUUGCACUUGCUCGUUCAGCAUGUGAUGUCCGUGAGCGAUAGACACGAUCCCGAGCAGCCUGGCCUACCUCGCAUGGUCGUUAAAUUCGUCGAUCAGAACGUCGUCCCGUUGAUCACAGGCUCUUCUCGUCUUUGGCAGCUCAUUAGCAAGCUUGCUCUGUGGAGGAACAAGCCGUCGGUUGCAUUAGAUGCUGAGGAGAAAGCAUGGCGUGUUGUUACUUCGCAGCCAGGCUGGGAAACGGAAAGCGAGACCAGAUGGGACGAGGUUGUGGAAGCAACGGUACGGCUCUGCGAUUCGUAUGAAAGUCUAGGGCCUAAAGAAAAGACUGAAGGCAUGGGUGCUGGGGAAUUAGUUGCGAAGGAUUGGAAGUUCAAGGCUAGGACUGCGAUCAGAGGUAUCUUGGGAAGGGGCAAGGACAGUUGGGAGGGUACAGAUGGAUGGGAGAGAUUGCAGGAGGUCAUGAAGGGAUUGAGGGGCUGA